CUGGUACUUCACCUAGGAAAAUUAGCUGGAGCGAAGGGAGAAAACCUUAAAGUAAAACCAGUGUAAAGUUUGUAAAUAGCUGACUGCUGUAAUAUUAAUAUUAAGAAUAAUGUAAUAAAUGGCUGGACGGAGGAAAAGAAAAUUUUCAAAUACAGCAGCUGAGCUACAGUUAGAUCCAAUUCUUCGUCAAAAAGUACAGAAUGUUUUUGAAAAGAAAUUCACAUAUUCCAAACCCCAAGAUGGCAUUUGGAAGGUGCCAGAAAAUUUUACCAAACAUAAAGAUGAUUGGGAAAUUAAAGAGUUAAUGACCUUGAAAUCAGAUUUAAAUAGUCUAAAAGACAAACUGAGUGAUAAAGACAUUGUAAAAUGGCAUCAGCACACAACAUUUAUGAAUCUUGCUGGGAAUGUAAAUUCAGAACUACGUCAGACUGUACGUCCAGAACUUUGCACACAAGCAUGGUGUAAAUUCUAUGAAAUGGUAUCAGCUUAUGACCUAGUUGACCUUAAAAAUGAUAAUUUUAAUUCUGUUCAUCUGUGUGAAGCACCAGGAGCGUUUAUAACAAGCCUAAAUCAUUAUCUUGUUUCUUCUGAUUACAGUGGUACAUGGAACUGGAUGGGUACGACACUCAAUCCAUAUUACGAAGGUAACAACCCUAGUCAAAUGAUUGAUGAUGAUAGAUUUGUACGUGGUAGCUAUGAUAACUGGGACUUUGGUGUAGAUAAUACUGGUAACCUCAUGUCCUGGCAGAAUAUACAACAAAUUAAAGAAAAGGUUGCAGUUAUGGGACCUGUUACACUGGUUACAGCUGAUGGCAGUAUUGAUUGUCAAAAUAAUCCAGCAGAACAGGAGAAGGUCGUCUCAAAGUUACACUACUGUGAGGUUUUGUCAUCCAUUUUGAUAUUGUCCCCUGGAGGAAAUAUGGUGUUGAAGAAGUUUACAAUGCUUGAAUGUGAUACCAUUUGUUUGUUGUAUCUUUUGAACUGUUUGUUUACAGAGGUGACUGUAUUUAAACCAGCUACAAGUAAGAGUGGUAAUUCUGAGGUUUAUUUAAUGUGUUUGGGAUUCUUAGGCAUAGGCAGUAUACAGGGGCAGAUAGAACAGUUGUGUGAAAAAUAUUUUAGUCCAGCAGAGUCCAGCACUGAGAUUCAUUGCCUAUUCAGUCAAGAUGAAAUUCCAGAAGACUUUCUACAACAACAUAUCAAAUGCUGUAACUACUUUACUUCACUCCAAGAGGAGACAAUCAAGAACAACUUAAACUACUUUGAAAAAAUAUCGGAUGACUUCAGCCAAGAAAUCAUUGGAAUGAAAGUUUGCUGCACUGAUUUAUAUUUCUCUAAAUAUAAUGUCAAAUCUAUACCAAUUUAUUUAAAGAUCACACAGCCACAGAAACAACAAAAGAAAUCCUGUAAUCAUCGUUAUAGGGAAAUCAAGAGAAAUGAAGGGACAUACAAUGAUAGAGUUAGAGUUCAGGCACUACAAUGGGAACAGAGAGUGCUACAUUAUGAUACAUAUGACAUUGAUGACAGCUGUGUGGAAUGGUUUCGAAUCUUGUAUCCACCUGAAGAAGAGGAAGUUAGGAAGUGGGCAUGUGUAACAGGAUGUCAGGUGACUACAAUCAUGAGUUCCAGAUUUUGUGAUGGAAAGUUUGUUCAACAAGCAGAAGAUAUUGUUAUCAACUGGAAGAAUGAAGAAUCCAAAAUUACUGACCCUACAGCAGACUACAAUGUGUCAUCAAUCAUUUCAUCAUUAGAUAUAUUGUUUAACCAAUCAGUGUAUGAUUUUCCAUGUCAUGUGACCAUUGUAACAUCUGCUGAAUUGAAGUGUGAUGAAAUUCAGAAGCAGGAGUAUGUAAACAAGGUAACCACGGUUGAAGAUAUAACUGAAGUGUGUGAUCAUACAAUACUGGUGUAUCUAGAUAUAUUCAACACAAGUACUGAAACAGAUAUAACAUCACAGAAAACUCUGCUGAAGAAACUGACCAAGAUGUUUCAGGUAUUGCCAAAAGAAAACACAGUACUGAUACAGAUGCCAACAUGUCUAACCAGAUUUACUGCAGGGAUAAUAUAUCUUCUAAGUUCCUGUUUCCAAAAGGUUGGAUUUUUAACACAACCAGGAAAAGAAAGUUUGCUGCAAAUGUUGAUCUGCUAUAAAUAUUCUGGUGUUUCCGACUUCCUGUUAGAACACUGCUGCCAUCUAGUGGAUGAACAUAUUUCUAAAGACAGCAAAUCUGCCAAUGUGUUGCUGGAAACAGUACCAAUACUUUCACUGAUAAAUGAUCCAGAGUUUGUACAGUUUCUGAUGAAUAGUAAUGAGAAUUUAUUAAAGUCCUACAUAACCACCAUUGUGUCCAAUGUGAAACAGAAAAUAUCAGAUCAGACAUGAGAGAAAAAUGUAUUCCUUGUCUUAGUGUCAAAUUGAUCAAAGACUUGAAUAAUGCAUAAUCCAUGUCUUUACAUAACUGUAAAUGAUGAACUAAAGAGUUAGAUUUACAUGUGUAAGAUAAGUGAUGUGUAAAGUAGCAAAGAUUUGCUUGAAAUAUUAACCCUGCUUUAUGUGUCAGAAAUAAUAGGAGACCAUACUGUGGUUUGAAGUGAAAUGGUGUGUACAAUCGUGUAUGAAAUAACACAGAGAAAUGGUGUGUAUAAUCGUGUAUGAUAUUACACUUUGAAAAGUUUGUUUGUGUUCAAUGGAAAAAGUAUGAAUUAGUUACAGCUAUAUUUGUAAGUUCAGGUAUAUAAUACAAUGUGAUGUCUUUUUACAAUUGAAGCUAGGCAUUGCAGUUGAUAUUAUAUACUAAUAAAACAGUCUGUUACCAUUUUUGAAUGUUUGGGUGUGAAAUUUUGUAGAGAGAAAUAAAGCUUGUGGUUGAGAUAUAAAAUUUUCACUUGAAGAAUAUGACAACUAUUAGUCAUUUAACAAAAUUAUUGACUUUGAGUGAAGUGUUAUACACUUGUUUAUCACAGAUAUGAGUUACAAAAGUGAGUUUAAUCGAGAAGUAAUAAUGGAGAAACAUUUAACUUCUUGAUAUGUCAUUAAGCUAUAGAUAGUGGAGUCAAGGGCUAUAACUGAGUUGAGAGAAAGUCAUGUGAGAACUGUUCUAUAAAAACAUACAUAGGACCCAGAUAAAGCACUUUGAAAUCACUUCUAUGGAUGGGUGUCAAAUACAGUACAAUUGUAAUUGUAAUUCUUAAUUUGCUUCUAGAGGUGGUUAUCCCAUUUUGAAAGAGCCCUUCUCUGGGUACCAUGUAUGUUUAAAUGGAAUAGUCCUGAGAUAGAAAAAAGGAAAUGAUUAUGGUGCUAGUAGAAAACUAUAUACAUGCUAUGUUAUACAAUCACUGUUUGUAACCCAAUUUGUUAUCAAUUGACAGCAAGAAUAGUUUGAAUUAUGUUUUACCUCAAUAUUAUAUAUGCUAAAUUGCUUUCCAACAAUUA